AUGCAGAUCUUUGUGAAGACCUUAACUGGGAAGACUAUCACUCUUGAAGUUGAACCGAGCGAUAGUAUCGAAAAUGUGAAGACGAAAAUCCAAGACAAAGAGGGCAUCCCGCCCGAUCAACAGCGUCUCAUUUUCGCUGGCAAACAACUCGAAGACGGCCGAACCCUAAGUGAUUACAACAUCCAAAAAGAGUCUACUCUUCACCUGGUUCUUCGUCUGAGAGGUGGAAUGCAGAUAUUUGUGAAAACUCUGACGGGAAAAACCAUCACGCUUGAGGUCGAGCCGAGUGACUCCAUUGAAAAUGUCAAGACAAAGAUUCAAGACAAAGAAGGAAUCCCUCCUGAUCAACAAAGGUUGAUUUUCGCCGGCAAACAAUUGGAAGAUGGCCGCACUUUGAGUGACUACAACAUCCAGAAAGAAUCAACCCUUCAUCUGGUGUUGCGUUUAAGAGGAGGAAUGCAGAUUUUCGUCAAAACCCUCACAGGCAAGACGAUCACACUCGAAGUCGAACCCAGCGACUCCAUCGAAAACGUUAAAACAAAGAUCCAGGACAAAGAAGGCAUUCCACCCGAUCAGCAAAGAUUGAUAUUUGCUGGCAAACAGUUAGAAGAUGGCCGCACCCUGAGCGACUACAACAUCCAGAAAGAAUCAACCCUUCAUUUGGUGUUGCGUCUUAGAGGAGGAAUGCAGAUUUUCGUCAAAACCCUCACAGGCAAGACAAUCACGCUCGAAGUCGAGCCCAGCGACUCGAUCGAAAAUGUCAAGACAAAAAUCCAGGACAAAGAGGGUAUCCCACCCGACCAACAGAGGUUGAUUUUCGCCGGUAAACAGUUGGAAGAUGGCCGUACAUUGAGUGACUACAACAUCCAAAAAGAAUCGACCCUCCAUCUUGUUUUGCGUCUGCGUGGAGGCAUGCAGAUCUUCGUCAAAACCUUGACCGGAAAAACGAUCACGCUUGAAGUAGAGCCCAGCGACUCGAUCGAAAAUGUCAAAACAAAGAUCCAGGAUAAAGAGGGCAUCCCACCAGAUCAGCAGAGAUUGAUUUUUGCCGGCAAACAGUUAGAAGAUGGUCGUACCCUGAGCGACUACAAUAUUCAGAAGGAAUCCACCCUCCAUCUUGUGCUCCGUCUGCGUGGUGGCAUGCAGAUCUUUGUCAAAACCUUGACAGGAAAAACCAUCACCCUUGAGGUUGAACCCAGCGACUCCAUUGAGAAUGUGAAGACCAAAAUCCAGGAUAAAGAGGGUAUUCCUCCAGACCAGCAGAGAUUGAUUUUUGCUGGCAAGCAACUUGAAGAUGGCCGCACUCUGAGCGACUACAACAUACAAAAAGAGUCAACUCUUCAUUUGGUGUUGCGUCUGAGAGGUGGACAGUAA